GCUCAACCUGUUUGUAAAGUUCAAGGAGCUGAAGUCUGUUGCUCGUGUCUGAGCUCCCGCUGUCCGGGUCACAGAGCUCACCCUUAACAAAAUGUCUGACACAGAAGACGUCGGGGAGGAGGAAUUUCAGGAAGGAGACGCACAAGAUGACUCAAAGCCCAAGCCUAAGUUUAUGACAAACAUUGCGGCCCCAAAGAUCCCCGAUGGUGAAAAAGUGGACUUUGAUGAUAUCUACAGGAAGCGUCAGGAGAAGGAUCUAGCUGAGUUGCAGUCUCUCAUUGAGGCUCACUUUGUCCAGAGGAAGAAAGAGGAAGAAGAACUCAUUGCCCUUGUUAACAGAAUUGAGAAGCGCCGUGCUGAGAGAGCCGAGCAGCAGAGGAUCAGGGCAGAGAGAGAGAAGGAGAGGCAAGCCAGACUUCUGGAGGAAAAGGAGCGUAAGGAGCAGGAGGAGCAGCGGAAGAAGAUGGAUGAGGACGCAAAGAAGAAGAAGGCACUCUCAAACAUGUCUCAGCAGUACGGUGCUGGACAGAAGAGUGACACCAGAAGAGGCAAGAAACAAACCGAGAGAGAGAAAAAGAAGAAGAUACUGGCUGAACGCAAGAAGCCUCUGAAUGUGGAUCAUCUGAAUGAGGAUAAACUCAAGGAUAAGGCCAAAGAACUGUGGCAGUCGCUGAUGGGGCUCGAGGCUGAGAAGUUUGACCUCAGCGAGAAACUUAAAAGACAGAAAUAUGAUAUCAACCUGCUUCUUAGUCGCGUUCAGGAUCACCAGAGUGCCAAAGGUCGUGGCAAAGGCAAGAUGAGCGGCCGGCUGAGGUAAAGCUGCUGCCAGACAGAACUGAGGCAGACCAUGAAACCGGUGAUGGACCCUGAUGUCUACUGUCCAUCUGUUCACUGUUCUGUAAAGAGUGUUUCUGUGUAAAUCUGUCCAAUAUAAUAACUCUUACACAAAAAUUCACACUGAACAGCAGCAAAUGUGUCUAAUUUUGCAUUGUUCUUGUGUCUAUUUAAAAAUAAUACUACUGUUAACAGGAAAUAAUACUGUUUAAAAAUGGUAAGGUAUAUUCACAAUA